CAGUUCACUAAAGUCUGAUCAGUUCCAUUUCGGAUUCAAAAUCUCAGACAUCAAAUCAAAACCUUAAUGCAAUCAAAAAUCAGAACCAAUAACCUCGUAAUCUACAAAAUCUGGCUCCCGACAUCUGGAAACGCCUGUUCCCACCACGAACAAGAAGCAGACCGCUCCCAAUAAUCCCAAACAUCACAAUACGUCGCCGUUCUCUCUCAAAAAUGGAAAUCAACAUUUUCAAAUUAUGCUCCGGCCUCAAAGUCCUCGGCUACUUAAUGAUCUUUCUCGUCGCCGGAAUCGUCGCCGUUUCUUACUACGCCGUCGUCAUUGUCACCUGGGGCCCCAAGUUACUUGACGGCGGUGCCCAUUCCGCUUCAGCCUUCUUUAUACUCAUUGUAUUUCAUAUUCUGCUUGUAAUGUUACUGUGGAGUUAUUUUAGAGUAGUGUUUAAAGACCCGGGUUCGGUACCGGAUAAUUGGAGGCAAUUGACGAUGGAGGCGGGAACUAGUAGUAGCGAGUCGGGUUCUGGAGGCCCUGGAACGCCGCGGUAUUGUAAUCACUGUCAGAAUGGGAAGCCUCCGCGUUGCCAUCAUUGCUCUGUUUGCCAAAGAUGUGUUCUUAAGAUGGAUCAUCAUUGUGUUUGGGUGGUGAAUUGUGUCGGCGCUUGGAAUUACAAGUUUUUUCUUCUUUUUUUGCUCUAUACAUUUCUGGAGAUGAUGUUGGAUACUCUAGUACUACUGCCUAGUUUUAUCAAGUUUUUUAAUGAAGCCAAGGAUCAUUCAACUUCCCCUAGCCGGCUUGCAGUAAUUUUCUUGGCAUUUGUUCUUAAUUUAGCCUUUGCUCUCAGCCUGCUCUGUUUCAUAGUUAUGCAUGCAUCUCUUCUAUCAACCAACACCACAUCUGUAGAGGUUUAUGAGAAGAAAAGAGCAGUCAGAUGGAAGUAUGACAUGGGGAGGAAGAGUAAUUUCGAACAGGUAUUUGGCACAAAUAAGGCAUUGUGGUUAUUUCCAUUGUUCUCCAAGGACGAUUUAGACAAGAUACCUUCACUUAAUGGCCUAGAUUUUCCUACACACUCUGAUGUUGCGGCUUGAAUGAGCUUGCUCAUCUGCUGGAUAUGUACAUUUUCCGAAGUAUCGACUCAAAGAAAAUGUUUGAAAUUCUGGAGGUAGAACGUUUCUUUUACAUUUGAUGCAAAGUCAGUAGUAUUCAUUACAGGAGCAAAAUAGUUAAGCUUGCGAUUGUUCACAAAAAAAAAAAUGUAUUAUCCAACUGUAAUUGACUGGUUAACCGGUGAUGUGACAUUGCAAAAUUUACAUAUAUGUUUAAUGUUGUGCCUUGAUGUAAAA